CAUAGCCUGUUUCUGCUGUGAUCUGUAAAGAGGUUUAUGGUAGCGCUUUCUUACAUGGCAAGGUAUCUGAAUGGUGCUUGCAAGCAAAGCCAUUACCACUCGACUGAACAAUCAUUUGGAUGAAAAUAUACUUUUAAAAAAGGAUAUUUGGAAUGUUGAUCAUCAUGGGUGCCGCUGGGUCACAAGAUGACAUUAAUGCCAUGGAGAUCCACCACUGGUAUACAAAGUUUAUGAGGGAAUGUCCAUCGGGACAGCUUUGUCUACAUGAAUUUAAAUCAGUGUUGGGUCUACAAGGACUCAACCAAGAAGCUAAUAAAUAUGUUGAGCAAGUCUUUGAAACAUUUGACAUGAAUAAGGAUGGAUUUAUUGACUUCUUGGAAUUUAUAGCUGCAAUAAAUCUGGUCAUCCGAGGGAAAAUUGACCAGAAGUUGAAAUGGUAUUUUAAGCUCUAUGAUGCUGAUGGAAACGGAACUAUUGACAAAAAAGAACUCGUAAGCAUAUUCACGGCUAUUCAAGCUAUUAAUGGCAACCAAGAGCUGUCUCCUGAAGAUUUUGCAAAUGUAGUAUUCCAGAAGAUAGAUGUAAACAAUGAUGGGGAACUGACUUUAGACGAGUUCAUUAAUGGAGUGGAAAGUGACCAACACCUCCUAGAAAUGAUUUCAAAGAGCUUUGACCUUUCCAAUGUACUGAAAGUUAUACAAAGUGGGAGAAGACAUAGCAUCUGAGACUUUCAUACUGCGAAGAGGACUUGUAAUGAAAGAACAAUGCAAGGGACCUAUUCAGUAUCAACACAAAACGUUACUUUUUCUAUCUACUGUUUAAAACAUAAGAAGUUCCAGGUGGAGUUGUCACAUAGACAAGUCUGUCAUCUGUUUUUCCCAUUCCUCCGAGUGGACGUGAUAGCCCAUGCAAGAACACUGAAUCUUGUCUACUUACAUCUCAAAAACUAUUUGGUUUGAUACAAAGCACUACCUAUUAGCACCCCUAAUGAGGGGAAACCCUUGGUUUUAAAAAAAAGUGGACCUUUCUGGAAGAUACAGAGCUGACAAAUUCUUCUAAGUACUGUUUGUUUAACUUGCAGUUUACAAUGUGGCGAUAAAUCAGUAGAUAGGAUUGGCUUCCUUCUAGAUCAAUUAAGGAUGAGAGAUGGUUUGCAUUAACUUAACAUUUGCACUAAUCAGUGCUUAAAAUAGAGAUGGAUUAUCUGGACAACACCUCAAUCCUCUUAUGGGUCCAAAGACAAAUAUCCACUCGGGAAAGCUGUUUAUCACUUUGGUAUUCUUAUUAAUACAUCUGUACUUUAAUGUGACUUAAGACUUUGAUGUUUCAUCUCAUGUACUUUUCCCUUUUUUAUUUAAUAUUGUUAUUAUGAAUAAUGCAUUCCUUUUUUAAAAAAAUAUUUAACCUUUUUAGAGAAGCUUUACAUUUGUCAUGGUGUGACACCAUAGAUAGGGAAAAUAAUUAAAACUCCAGAGGAAGUGAAAAUGCAAGAACUUUAGUGAUCAAAGAUUAAUUUGACUUGAAAAGAUAAU